AUGGUCCAGCCCUGGUUCGUUACAGAGGUGUUCAUUAUGGUGUAUUACAAUGGUGGCGUUCAGUUGCUCAACGAUGCUUGCUUCAAUGUGCAGGAUGCCCCCGUCAUCCAGAGAGUGAUUGCCGAGCGGGCAUUCGUAGCAUUGUUUAUUGCCUCCCAUCGUGGACACGUUAAGAUGGCAGAAGCGUUGUUGGCAGUCGGAGCUGAUUUGACUGGACGGACCUCUUACGGAAGGACAGUACUACAUGCAGCAGCCAGCCAGGGACAUUUGGAAAUCAUUGAUUUACUGCUUGCAAAUGGGGCUAUCAGCAAGGAAAGCGACUACGAAAAUAAAACCGCUCAGGAGAUUGCUAGUGAGUUCGAUAAAAAGCAAUGCGUGAAAAGACUUUGGUUGUACCAGUGGAAAUUACGAUCUGGAAGGAAGUCCGUGUCAAAGGUCAGCAACGAUGCGCCAAUGAAGCUUCCAGAAUCGUCGUCGCCGAUAGCUUCUCCGCGAAGCAUGAAAAUGUCGUUCAAAGCUGCCCCGGGACAGGCUUAUUUCGUAUAUCGAAAAAACCAACCGCCAACAAGAAAAGUUGAAUUGAAAGGGAACAAGUGCGGACAGCUUACUAGAAGCGAAUGUACCACCGUCAACGAAAAACAGCUACACGUCGUACAGUUCAACGAUUCUAUUCCGUUCCCACCAUGCAACUCACCCCGGGUGCUGACCCCGGCAAUUAUCCGUACACCGUCCACCUCUCGACCCGGUACGGCGACUAGAAAUCAUCGCGUGAAAGAGAAUUCACUUACAGCAAAGAUUUUGGAAUUACAUUUACAGAAAGUGGGGGAUAAUUCUUUUGGUCGCGAAACAUUCCAGUCCUUUGACGGAUCUGAAAUCGGUAAGCGGGUCGUUGCACGUGAAGGCGUCUCAAGAAAAGUGCCACCAGCGCACACAUGUAACCUCGUCCAACCAGUUAAAAAUGUCAAGAAUUUAAAUGAAAAAGAAGUGAAUUCUACACACAGCAACGUUGAAAUAAACAAUAACAUCGACGAUUCACUAGAUAAAAUGAAAAAAACUUGUCUCCUCGAAGAAGAAACGCUACACGAAACAACCAGCAUAUUAGUUGCCGAGGAGUUGCAAUCCUGGGAAGAGGGGGCCGAUGAAGAUGAUGAAGAGGGAAGUGAUGAAGAAAACAAAACUAGUAGUGAUGAGAAUGAGGAUGCAAUUGAAAUCCAGCAGGUAGAGAGAGACAUAAAUGUAGCGACAAAGUGUUCGAAAGCUUCCGGACAGAGAUCGUAUUCUGCCCCUUUGUAUCGCGGUCCUUCCCAUCUGUGCUCAAGUAGACCGACAUCUGCAGCGACAACCAGAAGUGUUCCCGCUCUUCUAUAUAGACGGGCAAGGUCAGCUAUACCGCGUCCAAAAACUUGGAACAUAUUUUUGGAAAUGAAACGAAGACAGAAUUUUCCGGACAAAGACGACUACGAAAAACAGCAACAUAACUUGGAAGCUUUCGAAAAAUGGGUGAGUACAAAGAAACAAGAAAUUAAACUUAGAACGAAAAGUUCGGAAGAGCAGCCAGGUACGAUGCGUCCCAGUGACCCGGACGCGUUCAAAAAGUGGUUGCAAGAGAAGAAACAAAGAGGACAAUUGCCUAAGAAACGAGACGAGGAAGAUGAAGAAUUCGAUCCUUCAGAAUUUGUGCCUCAUAUACUUGGGACCGUAUCUUUUGAGGAAUGGGCCAAAGCAAAAGAACAGCGUCGGAAAAAAGAACAAGAAAAAAAGGGGAACACGAAUGAGAUGUCAAGGGAGAAACUUGUGAGGAUGAAACAGACUGAAAGGGGAAAGCAAUUUUCCAAGUCACGCGAGACAUGCGAGAAGUGGCUUCUCGAUAAAAAAUACAAAGAGAAACUCUCCCGUCAAUUAUUGAUUGAGAAUCGCGCGGCGUUGCAAAGAAAAAUUGAAGAAGAAAAACGACGCCGUGCCCCUAGGGGAAUUUCGUAUAUAGAGUGGGUGAAUCGAAAAGUUGAAUCCUGCCGAACAGUCACCGAUCCCAAACGUGACACAGCAUCGACAAAAAAACAAGAAUCAGAGUGUGAAUUCAAGGCCAAUGCGUUCAAAGAAUGGCGUGAGCGGAAACAUCGGGAAAAGUCCGUACGUAGAGUCACGUGGGCCCAGGAAAACAAAAUAGUUGGCCGCCGCGAUAAAGAUAAACGGAAAAGUGCGUCAGAAUCGUAUACUUAUUGGUUGACAGAUAAACUCAAAAAAGACGUGGAAAAAGAAAGAACUCUUUUGACACAACUCCAAAAAUCUUGA